ACAAACAAACGUGAUCGUACUAGAAUCUACUCCAUUUUAAUUAUAAAAACAAACGAGACCCAAAGUUGGGGACCAAAAGAGAGCCUCUCUUUCUAGAGAGAGAAAGCUCCCCCCGGUGGUAUUUUAGUGAUGAUCUUCUGGUGCAACUCAGGCCAGUAAAGCCGCCUGUUAUGCUUGACGGUGGAGUUUUCUUCGUGUUAUGGUUCGAGUGGCCAUAGCUGAAGAUGGUUUUAGUGGGUUCUCCGGUAGUGGGUGGUACUGUCGCUGGGUUUCUAGCGCCGGUUUUGGCUUCUUGCUCCUUGCUUGGGGUGGUUGCCGCCGUGUUGACUGGUUUCACUGGUCAUGGAGGUGGCUUCUUGUCACCGUGUUAUCGUUAUCGGUGGUUUGCCACCGGAUUGUUUUCAGCUCCAGCGUCGUUGCUACAGUGAGUGUGAGUGCUGUAGCGUGGUGUAGUGAGUUCGAUGAUCUCGUGAGCUACGGGUGGCGACAUGUAGAUGACGCGUGGGUUUUCUGUCCUGUGGUCGUCGUUCAUGGCUGUCAGCGUGUAUGGGAGUUUGUGGUGUGCAGUUGAGUGGAUAGUCAUAUG